CAGAAUUAGGAUAUCGAGUUAUUUGUAGCACGGGGGAGGCCGAAAUACUUUGGACAUUGCAAAGGGAAUUGUAAAGUCAACAAUUUAUAUUCUCAGGAUUAUAUUUAUAAGAGAAAAGUACUACUUAUAUACAAGACAAAUGCGAGUAAGCUUGCUAAUAUGCAUGCAAAUUGAAAAAAAAGUAAAUCACUCAGAUACUAAGUCUACAUUAAACAUGGAGCACAAUCAUAGUUAUAAUGAUCAUAAUAAAUGCUGCAGUACUAAUGUCAGUGUUCAUCAAUCUCUAAUGGAAAUGGAGUUUGAACGUGGUAUAUGGUAUGCUGCACAAUAUAAUGAUUUGGAUCGUGUAAAGACAUUAUUAAAGAAAGGUGUUUCUGCUAAUAUAGAAGAUUCAGCUGGAUAUACCGCAUUACAUUAUGCAGCUAGAAAUGGACAUUAUAAAAUUUGUAAUAUGUUAUUAGAAAAUGAUGCAGCCGUGAAUGCACAAACACGCUGUGGUCGUGCCACUGCUCUACAUAGAGCAGCUAUGCAAGGUCACUAUAACAUUGUUGAACUUUUGUUAAAAUAUGAUGCAAAUCCUAAUUUAAAAGAUGCUGAUGAUUAUACCCCUUUACAUAAAGCACUUAUAGCACGCUCAACAUCAGUUUGUAAAUUAUUAAUACCAUGCACUAAUCUAUCAUUAUUGAAUAACAAUAUGCAGAGUAUAGAACAAUUGGUAAAUGAAAAAUUUCCUGAUAUUUUACCAUUUUUAUUAACAUAUAUAAAUAAAGAAAAAAAUAAAUAAAUGAUAAAUAAAAAU